AUGGUAGAAUUGGAUACAACUAUUUUAAAUGAAGAUAAAAAUACAAGUAGUCUUACAGAGGAACCAUCAAAUGCUUGGGGAAGAUUAUUAUCUUUAAAUACAGUAUUUCCACAUGUUGAAAUUGUUGAUGAUGAAUGUGCCUUUGGUAGAAAUUCAACUUGUCAAGUUAUAUUCACAGAUAAGAAAAUUAGUUCAAAACAUUGUAGAUUUUACAGAAAAAAAAAUGAAGGUCAAGUUGAUUAUAGUUUUUAUCUUGAUGAUUAUAGUUCAAAUGGUACAUUUGUAAAUAGAAAAAGAGUUGGAAAAGGUAAUACAGUACCAAUUGUAAAUGGUAAUGAAAUUUCAUUAUCAACAACAAUAGAACAAUCUGAUCCAACUAGAGUUGUUUAUAUAUUUUAUGAUUUAGAAAAAUUAAGAAGAGAAGAAGAAGAAGAAAAUAAAAAAAAAGAGAAUGAAGAAAGUGGUUUCACAUUGGCAGCAGAUGAUAUUACAAAUGAAAUCUCUGAUUUAAGUGAUAUGUCUCCAAUAAAAAAACAAAAUAGUAAUUUAUCAACAAAUAGUGAUAAUAAUGAUUCAACAACCACAACAACAACUUCAAUAAAAACUUCAACUUCAAAAUUAAAUAGAUCAUCAUCUAAUUCAUCAGUUAAAGAUGAUAAUAAUAAUAAUAAUAAUAAUAAUAAUAAUAAUAAUAAUAAUAAUAAUAAUAAUAAUAAUAAUAAUAAUAAUAAUAAUAAUAAUAAUAAUAAUAAUAAUAAUGGAAAAUUAAAAAGAAAAUCAUCGGAAUUGGAUAAUAUUGAUGGUGAUUUAGUAAAAAAGAAAACAAAUACAAAUAAUGUUUCAAUAGAUGUAAAUAAAGAUACAAAUGAUACCUCAAUGGAUGUUGAUAAACCAACUACCAUUACCACCAAAACAAUAAAUGAUAGUACUAAUAUUAAUAAAAGUGAUGUUUCAAUGAGUGACGAAAAUGAUUCAAAGAAAUCAACUACCAAUACAACAACAACUACAACAACAACUACCUCUUCAACAGAUAAUAAUAAUAAUAAAAAUAAUAAUAAUAAUAAUAAUAAUAACAAUAACACAAACACACCAACAAAACCAAAUAAUGAUAAUAAUAAUAAUACACCAACUAAAACCACCACUACUACUACUACUACAGCAACAAAGAAAGAAAUUGAUAUUGAAGAAACAAUUGGAGAGAAUUUAAUUUGUGGUAUUUGUCAAGAUAUAAUUUAUAAGUGUUUAACAUUAAUUCCAUGUAUGCAUAAUUUUUGUGUAUGUUGUUAUGGUGAUUGGAGAGCCAAUUCAAUGGAUUGUCCACAAUGUCGUCAAAGUGUUAAAUCUGCACAAAAGAAUCAUGCAAUCAAUAAUUUGAUUGAAUUAUAUUUAAAAAAGAAUCCAGAAAAAGUUAGAGACCCAGAAGAAUUAGAGUCAAUGGAUAAACGUUGUAAGAUCACCGAUGAAAUGUUAAAGAAUGGUUCACUCAAUAAAUCAUCUCGUAAAUAUGAUAAUGAUGAAUAUGAAGAUGAAGAUGAAGAUUAUUCAGAGGAUGAAGAAUAUUAUUCAUCUGAAGAGGAUGAUAAAUUCAUACCUUCAAAAUGUACAUUCUGCCAUCCAAACCCACCAAAUCAAAUAACUGGUUAUCAAUGCCCCGAAUCACCUGCCAAUGCUACCUAUGCAACUCAAACUAAACAUCUCAAUUGCUCCAAUUGCUAUAAGAUAUUCCCUAAAGAACCGGUUGAACCAGUUGGUAUUAGAUGUGGUUUUUGUCACAAUGCUUUUUGUAACCUAUAUCAAGCUUGCUCAAAAGGUGGAAAUUUUGGUAAAAUGAAAGAUCUUCCAGUUAAUAAUUUACCAAGUGAUGCUUUUGGUGGUAAUCAAUUUGAAGUUAAAAUUUUAAAUGAUUAUUUAACUAAAAAUGUUAAAACUGUACGUCAAUUAUAUUUAGAUAUUUUAGAAGAUAUUGAUUCAAAAAAAUUAAUUAUUCCAACUUCAAGUAAUAUAAUAAUGCCAACAAGUCCAUGUUCAGAACAAUAUAGAUGCCUUGGAUGUGCAUCACAUUUCUUUUCAAAAACAUUAUUUUAUUAUCGUUUAUCAAUUCCAAAAGAAAAACUUCCAGAUUAUGCAAAUAGAGAUAAUUGUUAUUAUGGAAAAAGUUGUCGUACUCAAUUCUCUAAAUUUGAUCAUGCAAAGAAAUUAAAUCAUAUUUGUGAACAAACUAAAUUUUAA